CGUCAGGAAAUUUCUGAAUUCCAAAAUAAAUAAAAAAUUUAAAAAAGAACUAAUUUCUCAUUUCGACCUUUCAGGUUUUUUAUGUUCAAACAAAAAGUUUAUUAAAGGUUCCCGUGGAGAACGAGAAAUGAAAAAUAAUCACCGGAUCUGUUUCCCAGGAGUGAUCCACGGCAGCUGGAGCUGCUGGUCCACCUGGGGAGCCUGCUCYGGAGGUCAAAGGUCAAGAACCCGAAGCUGCAACAACCCCGCCCCUAGAGGAGGGGGCCGGAACUGCAUCGGGGAGCAAAGCGAACUAAAACCCUGUGAAGAGCCAGAUAUGCAAUACUUACAGAUGAUGGAGCCUCAGUGCUUUGGUCUCUCCAUAACUCCACCAAAACGGUGCAGACUUCCUCCAGUCCUGAACAACGGGUUCAUUGAGGAUGUUAAAGACUUUUACCCAGUAGGAAGCAGAGUGCAGUAUUCCUGCAUAGAGGAUUUUUACCUUGUUGGAAACGCUGCAGCCACAUGUGGAGAAAACCAGCAGUGGAGCUCAGGAGCAAUGGUUUGUAAAAGUUCCACUUGUGGAUUUCCUGAAAUCGGCGGUUUGGUUGAAGCCACGCCCGUUAAAAAWGCCUACCAGAUCGGAGACACCGUGUCCCUGUCGUGUCCCGCGGGAUCAGAGCUGGUCGGCGAGGGGUCAGAGGUCAGGUGCAGCUCCAGUCUGCAGUGGUCGCCGUCUCCUGAUGAUGCUCAGUGUAGAACAG